GUCGGGGCACUCGUUUUUAUCUUAAGUACUACUAGUGAAAUUCCGGGCUCGAAGCGGGGCACGUGCCCCACCUAGCCCCCCCUUAGGUCCUCCACUGACCGUACCGAACCACCCCUAGUCGCACCUGCCCCACGCCUCCGCAGCCCCGCGCGCCACUCGCCUCUCGCCUCGAUUCCUGGUAGUCUUCUUCUCACUUCUCACCUUCUGGGAGUUUUGGCUGCUUUCUGCAGUUCUGCUCAGCGGCCCAACAGCCCCAACGGCCAGCAGUGUUUUUUAGUUUACCUCUGGCCCCCACACGAAUCUUGGUCCUGGCUCCGCCCCUGCCCACGUCUGCCCGAUCUCCCUCACACUCUCCUGUCUCCUACUGGCCGAGCUGCUGACAGCAGGCCAUCAGUAGGCAUGGCGAAUAGUAAGUACGAGUAUGUGAAGUCAUUUGAAAUUGAAGAUGAAGUCAUGGUACCCAAUAUCAUAGUCGUUUACAUAAAUGGGCAUGACUUUGGAAGGUUUUCUGAAGCUCACAGGUUUGACACUUCCAAUGAUCUAAAAGCAUUGCAGUUGAUGAAUGCAUGUGGUACUGCAGUCCUUGAGGAGUUCCCAGACAUUGCAUUUGCAUAUGGAUUUGGCAAUGAGUUUAGUUUUGUAUUCAAGAAAGAAACCAAAUUUUAUCAGAGGCGAGCUAGCAAAAUAUACUCGCUUAUUGUGUCCUAUUUCACAUCUGUAUUUGUCACCAAAUGGAAGUGCGCCUUUCCCCAACUGGAAUUGGAGAUUCCACCUUCAUUUCAUUCACGUGUCAUUUGUUGUGCAUCGAUUCUGGUUCUUCAAGCUUAUCUAAUGUGGAGACAAAAUGAGUCUCACAUAAAAAAUCAGUAUGCUACCUGCUUUUGGGAACUUGUAAAACGUGGAAUGUGUGAAGUAGAGGCCAAGUCAAUUCUAAAGGGGACCCAUAAGCAAGAGAAAAAUGAACUUCUUUUUCAACAGUUCAGUAUCAACUACAAAAAAGAUGUUCCUGAGAUAUUUCGUCAAGGAUCAUGCAUUCUCCGAAAAGAGGUUGAAGAUAUUGUGAAGUACCUUGAAAAUUUAGCUCCUGUUAGACGGAAGAGGAAGAAAGUAGUUAUUGUGCAUUCAGAAAAUAUAGCUACUGCGAACUUCUGGAAUAAUCAGGAAUCUCUAAAUAAAGAUGUGGGGGUUUUCAGAGAAGGCAUUGAGAAUUUAAAGUCUGAGUAUAUCAAGUCUUUCCAAUAUGAAAGUAAGCUGAUGCCAUCUACUUGGAUUGUCAUCCGGAUUGAUGGUUGCCACUUCCAUAGGUUUUGUGAUGCUCAUAGUUUUGAGAAACCAAAUGAUGAGCAAGCCCUGAACCUUAUGAACUCUUGUGCAGUUGCUGUGGUGGAGGAGUUCACAGACAUUGUCUUUGCAUAUGGGGUGAGUGAUGAGUACAGCUUUGUUCUGAAUAAAGACUCUUCACUCUACCAAAGGCGUGCUAGUGAAAUAGUCUCUUCCGUUGUUUCUUUCUUCUCAUCUGUAUAUUUGAUGAAAUGGAAGGAGUUUUUCCCCCAAAAAGACUUGAAGUAUCCACCAUACUUUGACGGACGUUCUGUAUGCUAUCCAUCCUCUAAGAUUCUUCGAGAUUAUUUGGCUUGGAGACAAGUUGACUGCCAUAUCAAUAAUCAGUACAACACUUGUUUUUGGAUGCUUGUAAAAUCUGGCAAAAGCAAAACGGAGUCCCAAAACAUCCUUAAGGGUACUCAAACUCCAGAAAAAAUUGAACUGCUUUCCCAAUUUGGGAUUGAUUACCACAAUUUACCAUCUAUUUUCCGCUUUGGAUCCUCCGUGUUUUGGAAUAAGGAGGAAGGCCCACUCAGUGCGAUGGCGAAUUGUCACAAGAGAGUUACGGUUGAACAUUCCAACAUUAUUGAUACAAACUUUUGGAAGGCACAUCCUACAAUACUUGAAGAAAUCACCCAUUGCUGACAAGCCCCAGGCACCUUAACUUGUUUUAGCUAAUGGCAAUUGUAUGGACUGAGUUACUAUUUUAACUGGUUUUAAAAUAUGUUUUUUUAAAAUACUAUACAUAUUUUGGUUCAGAUGCUAUUAGAGCCAAAUUUGAAUUCCGUAUUUAACCCAGACCUUGGAAAGUUGGCUCGGAUUUGCUAUAUCAGCACGGAUAAUUU